AUGGCACGUUUGGAGGCUACUUCGGCAAAGGAGGUGAACAACACGUGGGAGGUGGUGACACCGACUAGGCGCUGGGUAGAGCGACACCAAUCACAGGCGACGACGAAAAAGGUUGGCAGGCGACGCUCAUGGCAUAGAAGGGUCUUUUGGCAACGCCUUGCAGGCGCAGGGACAUUGGCGACAGUGGAUUGGGCGACGCCCUUAGGUAGCUGGGUGACACCUGAGGUGCUGGGCAGCUGCUGGAGUGAGGUGGGACAAGAGAGAGCCAGGGCGGCGCCCAGGAGGCUGCUGGGCGAUGCCAGGAGUAGUGUUAUGCUAUGCGACGCCUUGCAG